CCUAACUCCUAAGUCCUAUCACCCACCCACUCACUUAAUUAUUCUUAUUUAUCUUACUUAGAAGUUAGAACUUAAUUACUAAACAAAGCAAUGGAAAGUAGAGAAGGGGGUCAAUCUUCAAGGGCAUCUGUGACCCCGAUUACUACUACUACUUCAUCAGAAGUGGGUACAAAAUGCGUCAGUGGUGAUAUGGCUUGGGAAUGGGGGGUAUGGAAAGAUCCAACCAAAAAAAAUAAUAUAUGGUCUACCUUAUGUGAUAAAAAAAUGAGUGGAGGGAUCACUAGGUUGAAAGAACACCUUACUCACAUUGGAAGUAACGUCAUUGGUUGUCCUAAUGUGAGUAAUGACAUCAAAAAAAGAGUUCUAGCAUCCAUCAGUGAAAAGAAUAAGAAAAAGAAAGAACGAAAUAGAAAUGUAGAAAUCCUUCGACAAUAUUCGGUUGAAGUUGAUGAUAUURAUGAUAUUGAUGAGGAUGAGCAAGACGUAGAUGGAAUAGAGAUUAUCGAAGGAGGAAGAGCACGAGCACGAGCACAAGCCUCAACACAACCUCGUGGCAUGCCGGCUCCAAGUUAUCAUAAUAUUUGGGUCACAUUGUUGAAAGAUGUACUUGAGAACACCAACAAGUUUGUGGAUUCCUUUCGUUCACACUGGAAGAAGAGUAAAUGCACUAUUAUGUCCGAUUUUUGGAUAGACGGGAAAGGGAGAAGCUUGAUCAAUUUUUUGGUCAAUUGUCCACAAGGGACAAUUUUUUUGAAAUCAAUUGAUGCAUCGGAGCAUGUGAAAGAUGCCCAAUUAAUUGUACAGAUGAUCAAUGAGGUUAUAGAGGAUGUCGGAGAGGAGAACAUCGUGCAGUUUGUCACCGAUAAUGGGUCCAACUUUAAAGCUGCUGGAAAAAUCUUGGAAGAACAACAUCCUCAGAUGUUUUGGACACCAUGCGCAGCACAUUGCGUGAAUCUUAUGAUAGGAGAUGUCGGAGAGAAAAUUCUGAAGAUUAAAAGUGUGUUAGCUGAUGCGAGAGCGGUAGUGGUUUAUAUUUAUAACCACGGAAGGAUUUUGAAUAUGAUGCGAAUGCUUACUAAAAAUAGAGAACUGCAUCGAUCAUGUGUUACAAGGUUCGCAACACAAUUCUACACCAUUCAGAGCAUCCAUGAGAAUCGACAUCAUCUCCAAGUGCUAUUUGUUUCUGAACAAUGGAGGAAGAGUGACUUUGCCAAGAAACCCAUCGGAAAAAGAAUUGAACGAAUAAUAGCUAGGYAAGAGUUUUGGGACAAUAUUUAUCUUGCUUGUCAGGUAUUGGCACCGUUGGUUGAUGUUGUUCGGUUGGUUGAUACGGAGGAGAAGCCGUGUAUGGUAAUGUCACGAUGA